AUGGGACCCGUCUCUUGGUUACGUCAUUCCGGAGCCGCACUGCCGGCAUUGCAGCAGAGGCACAUGGCUGCCUCGUUCACAGGCAUUCCGCUAUCGACUAUUAUAAGGGAACUGAUCCUCCCACCACUGCAGCAAAGAUCUGCUGAUUUGGGCUGUCCUUGCUUCUCUGCAGGGCCAGAACCGACUUACUCACCCGUCCACGCGGGGUACCACUUGCAAGAGUGCAUGAGAAGCAUGAACACUUCGUAUGGCGGCGUGGUGCCUUUCGUCAAUAUUGCCUACGAGACUUGGGGAGAGUUGAACUUAGACAGGAGUAACGCUGUCCUCCUUACAUGUGGCCUCUCAGCAUCUUCUCAUGCAAGGAGUAGCCCACUAAACUCCGAAAGCGGCUGGUGGGAAAGCUUCAUUGGCCCUGGGUUGGCCUUGGACACCAAUAAGUUUUUCAUCAUCUGCGUGGCCAACUUCGGAGGAUGUUCCGGAACAACCGGGCCCGGUUCCUUCAGGAAUCGAGAUGGAGAGUCGACACGUUACGGCCUCGAUUUCCCGAUGUUCUCUGUUCAGGACAUGGUGCGUGUCAUGUUUAGGGUACUGGAUCACCUCGGCAUAGAAACUCUCCACGCUGUUGUUGGAAGCAGCUUAGGCGGCAUGCAGAGUCUGGCCGCCGCGGCCAUGUACCCCGACAGGGUGAAACGCCUGGUCAGCAUCAGCGGCGCGGCAAGCAGCUCUCCGCUCUCUAUUGCUCUUCGUUAUGCUCAGCGGCAGGUUCUUAUGGCGGACCCCCUGUACAACGGUGGUGACUACUACGGCAAGCCUUACCCGUAUACAGGCAUGAAGCUGGCGCGAGCUAUUGCGACUAUAACAUACCGAAGCGGUCCAGAGUGGGCGCAGAGGUUUGGUCGCCAGCGCGUCCACCACCGUUCGAGAGACUCCGGUACACUACUGAAAUGUCCAAAAACGGAUUCGGACGCCCCCCCUACUCUGGGUCCCGAUUUCACCGUUGAGGCCUACGUGGAGCAUCAAGGCAAGAAAUGGUGCCACCUGUAUGAUCCAAACUCAAUGCUGUUCAUAUCGAAGGCGAUGGACCACUUCACUUUAGAGGAGCUCGACACUGAGACCGGCGAACUAUCUUUGGAGUAUGGUCUGCGCCAAGUACGCAUGCCUGCUCUCGUCAUAGGAGUGAAAAGCGACAUACUUUUCCCGUUAUGGCAACAGAAGCAGAUGGCACACGCGCUGAGACGAGCAGGGAACAACUCUGUGGCAUUUUACACCCUCGACUCAAUUUAUGGCCAUGAUACUUUCCUAAUCGACGUUGCCAAUGUCGGCGGCGCAGUGAAAGGCCAUCUCGAGCAAACUCACGCGUAG